GCUCCCUCCUUCCCCACCACAGCAUCCUCGCCGUGGCCUCCGGUCCCCACGGCCACCGGGGCUGGUGGCUGGGGACACCCCAGGUUUAUCUCCCAGCUUCAAGGGGGUGCGAAACAGAAGGCGGCUGCGGGGCCACGGCUUUUGUCUCCCAGCUUGGUUCCUGCCCAGAAGGUCACUGGGAGGAUGUGAAGCUCCCAGUCCCCAGCCUGGGUGAGACCCCAGCAAGGAAAGCCCCUGAAGGAUUUGAUUUCUUCUAGCAAGCAUCCUCCUCAUAACAGCAGGGCUUGUCAGCUCUUUUCUGGCAUCUCUCCCAGGGCGAGGAGGUUGGACCGGGUUGGGGGCAGGCAGAAGCCAUGUUGGCUACCGAAGUGGCUGCGAUGGCAAUGGGAAGAAAGGCUUAGAGGGCUCCGAGCGCCAGGAGUGGGGUCCUGUGCAAGGCACCAGCACCAUGUUCAGCCGGUCGGGAUACCAGGCCCUUCCCUUGGGAGACUUUGACCGCUUCCAGCAGUCCAGUAUCGGGCUCUACGGUGGCCAGAAGGGCUGCUUCUCCUUCGGAUCCAAGCAAGAUCCUCUGGGACUGGCCGGGAAUACCGCAGACUCCUCCCAGGGUUGGUUGUCCUGGAUCUGCCAUGGGAUUAUCACCUCCUUGGUCUUCUUGCUGAUGGUUGUCACCUUCCCCAUCUCAGGAUGGUUUGCCUUGAAGAUCGUGCCUGCCUACGAGCGAAUGAUCAUCUUCCGCCUGGGACGCAUCCGGGCACCGCAAGGACCCGGCAUGGUCCUGCUGCUGCCCUUCAUCGAUCACUGGCAGCGCGUGGAUCUGAGGACGAGGGCCUUCAACGUGCCCCCCUGCAAGCUGAUCUCCAAGGACGGGGCGGUCAUCUCCAUGGGUGCCGACGUCCAAUUCCGGGUGUGGGACCCUGUCUUGUCCGUCAUGAUGGUGAAGGACCUCAUCGCGGCCACCCGGAUGACGGCGCAGAACGCCAUGACCAAGACCUUGGUGAAGAAGAGCCUCCGUGAGAUCCAGGUGGAAAAGCUGAGGAUCGGGGAGCAGCUGCUGCUGGAGAUCAACGACAUGACCAAGUCCUGGGGCCUGGAGGUGGACCGGGUGGAGCUGAGCAUGGAGGCUGUGCUGCAGCCGCCCCGGGAGAACCUGGUCGGCCCUCUGGCCACCGUGCCACCCAUGCCUGGGCUGGAGGGGCUGGAUGGCACCAUUCAGCAGCUGGCUGCCCAUUUCUUCAGCAACACCCUGGCUCUGGCCAGCAGCGGGACCGGUGCUCCAGAGGCAGACAGCGUGGAGACAGUGAACGAGGUGGAGCCUCCCACCGUUCCCCUCCUCGCUGCCACCGGCAGCACCUGGAGAAAGCCCAGCGCAGAAGAACUGCUCUCAGCAGUGGAGCCCAUCCUCUCUGAGGCCCUGGUUGGCCAGGUGGGAGCGUCCUACCAGGUCAACAUCACCCUGCCAAGCGGCGCCCGGAGCACCUACUUCAUAGACCUCUCCUCAGGCAGCGGGAGAGCUGGCCACGGCGUGCCCGAGGGCAGCCCCGAUGUCAUUCUGGAGGUGGCAGAGAAAGACCUGCAGGACCUCUUCUUGGGUGACCUGCGCCCCUUGACUGCCUACAUGAGUGGGAGGCUGCAGGUGAAAGGUGACCUGCACCUUGCCCUGAAGCUGGAGGAGCUCGUCAAGGCGGUGAAGCAACAUAGAUAGAGCAUGCAUGUGGGUGUGUGUCUGUGUGCAUGUGUCUUUGUAGGUGUGCAAAAGUGGGGGGGGACAUAUAGGGGUGCCGCGUGGUGGGGGCCCUGCCCUGCUGGAGCUUCUGCUGCCCUCCCCGUGCAGGUUGUAGGAGCUGGGUGAAGACCUGAAUGGGGAAACUGAGGCUGAGCUCCAUUGCGUGUCCUUGUCCUUGGCUUUACCAGACUGGAAGGGACGUGAGCUGAGCAGAUGGGACUGGGAAGAGCUUAGGGACACUUUGGCCAUGGACAGUAGUCAUGGGGUGAGGUGGGCAGCUGAAACAAGGCACGAGGGCUGGCUGGACCAGGCUGGGAUGCCACCAGCAGGCUGGGGUUGGGGUCCAGCGUGGCACUGCUGAUGGGAUGCUGGCAUUUAUGGGGAAGGAGCAGAGGUGGUGAUAUGGGGAACGACCUUCCUGGAGGUACCUGAGCCUUUCCAACACAGCGGUUUGUCAUAAGUGAUUGCGCUAAUUUGUGCUUCAAAGUGCUUUUGCAUGCGUGUUGUGAGGUCUGUCCGCGGGAGUGUGUGGACUGUAUAUAGGCUUAUAUAGAUAUUUAUUUAUUUUCUAAGCUUCCUUUCUAUCAACUCUCGAUGGACAAUAAACCUGAUUUGCAGCCUUGCCCUUGGCCA